AUGGAAUUCACCGAUGACCCCUUCAAAGACUACAGAUACGAGGAUCCGUUCAAUAUAGAGGACCCGUUCGCGGACGUGGUCGACUCCAAAAGGGGGGGCGACCCGUUCGCUCGGCCCACUUCCGCGGCGGGCUUCAGUUGGCCCGCGGCCGCGGUCAACGGCGGACGCGUCUCCGCGCCGCCGCUCGGCCGCGACCCGUUCGCCCGCGCCGACGCCGAAGCGGACGCGUGGGCCGCCUGGCCCAACGACAACUGGGCGGCGGACGACGCGUGGGCCCAGCCCCAGCCGAAGCCCCAACCCAAACCCCAGACCCAGCCGGACAAGGCGGACGCCUGGUCCACCGGACCGCGCAACACCGACAACUGGGCCGGCAAGACCGACAACUGGGCGAGCAAGGCCGACAGCUGGUCCGCGAAGAACGACAACUGGGCGUCGGAGUGGGGCAAGGACGCGAACAGCAACCUCAACGAGACCUGGCCCACGUCCACGCUGCCCGCGAAGAAGGAGAAGUCGCCGAAGCCCGUGAAGUACGCCAAGUCGCUGGUGCACACGAUCGGCGGCAUCGGCAGGGCGCGGCAUGCUAAGGAGAAGAAAUCGAAGCCCACCGAAGCGAAGAGCGUGGACUUGCUGCCCUCCGAGGAGCAGCAGUGGGCGUGGGCGGCGGCCGAGUCGAAACGGCUCGAGGCAGAGGCGGAAGCGAGGCGGAGGCAGGAGGACGCCGAGCUGCAGCUAGCCCUGGCAAUAUCCAGGCAGGAGAAG